GAACGAAGACUUGUCCGAACUAAUCGGUUCUUUGUCUUCCUACGUAUAAUAGUAACAUUAAUUUCUAAUUAUUAAUAAUAUUUAAUCUAUUUCGAGAUAUUAUUUAUAUUAUAUAGUGAUCAAUAAAAGUGUUAUAAAAUAUAUAUAUAUAUAUAUAUAUACAUUGACAAAUAAAAGAAAGAAAGAGAGGGGAAAAGAGUGAUUUGACGAAAGGAUAUAUACAAAUAUACACACACGUACGAGCGCACAACAAAACACACCAAAAAAAAUAUACACACAUACAUACACACACAUACAUAUACAUAUAUAUAUAUAUAUAUAUAUAUAUACAUAUAUAUACAUGCAUAUAUAUAAAAUAUUGGAAACAUGAAACUUCGAUUUUUAUACGCGAUCCUCCUAAUGGCGAUCGUAAUGAUCAAAGCCGAGGAUGACGUGGAUACAGAUAAUAUACUCGACAAUAAAGAUUUCGGAGACAUUAUAAAUAAGGAAAGUUCCGGAAACCGAGGACGAUCUCUAAAUGCUGAUGUAAAAAACAAUGACGAAAGACAAACCGAUUCAGGCACUGAUAACGAAAACACCGAUUCAGGCAAUGGCGAAGGAUCCGCCGAUUCAGACACUGAUAAAGAAAAUUCAGAAUCAAACCUUGUUGAACAAAACUCCGAAAUCAGUCCUAAAGAACCCACCGAAGACAUUCCUAAAGAAUCCACCGAAGUCAUUCUUAAAGAAACCUCCUAUCCAAGCAGUAACGAAGGAACCAACAGCACUGAAGAAGGCAUAAAUACAACAGAUGUAACAACCAUUACAAGUUUAGAGGAUUACCCAUACCAAGUUCUUGGAGAAAACGGAAAACCGUGUAUAUUGUCGAGGAUGACGAUCUCAUUAACUAUGAAUUACAACACCACAAAUAAAGAGACUUCUACAAAAAUCUUGAAAGUACCUUCUAUUGUAAAAGUCAAUGGUACAUGCGAAAAUGAUACAAAUUCUAUGAUGUUAUUUUGGUCAUCAUUUGGAAACGACACAUAUAUCGUCGAUUUUGCGGAUACAGAUAAUGAAACUAACAGCAUAGCAUUCUAUUUCAAGAAGAACGGUUCUACGUUUUCGAUUGAUCAAAUCAAUGCAACCAUAUAUAUGAAUGAUAAGAUUUUUGUAAAUGCGAUAGAUAAAGUCAUGUCACUGGAAACCAAAUCGGAUCUUAAUUUGUUCGCUUCUGCUACGGACAGUAAAUAUGUAUGCGACGUUCAAACUGUUGUGAAGGAAGACUUCUUUGAAUUAUCAAUAUCAAAUGUCAAUUUGAUAGCUUUCAACUCGAACGAUAAUAUAACAUCGAUGUCAACAAAUUACUGUCCUACCGACGCAACUGCUGCAGUUUUAUCUGAAUCGGCGAAUGUUGGUGCAAUAGUAGGUGGUAUUAUCGGUGCUUUAGUCGUGGUUGGUAUCAUUGGAUUUAUAAUUUGGCGACGAAGAAGAAACACUUCGUCUGUUCGAUCGGAAGUAGCAUAAUAAAUAAAUAAAUAAAUAAAUAAAAUAAAUAAAUAAAUAAAAUAAAUAAAUAAGUAAAUAAAUAAAUAAAAAAAGGAAAGAACGAAGAAAA